GGGCUGGCGGCAGGCGGUGCUUGGGCUUCAAUCAUGGCGGUCGCGGUGGCGUCUGGGUUCUGGAUCUGGGCUGCUGUGCUGCUCGUCCCUGCGGCCGCGGUCUACGAAGACCAAGUGGGCAAGUUUGACUGGAGACAGCAGUAUGUUGGGAAGAUCAAGUUUGCCUCCUUGGAGUUUUCCCCUGGAUCCAAGAAGUUGGUUGUGGCCACAGAGAAGAAUGUGAUUGCGGCGUUAAAUUCUCGGACUGGAGAGAUCUUGUGGCGCCAUGUUGACAAAGGCACAGCAGAAGGAGCUGUGGAUGCCAUGCUGGUCCAUGGACAAGAUGCAAUCACUGUAUCCAACGGAGGGCGCCUCAUGCGUUCCUGGGAGACCAACAUCGGGGGCCUGAACUGGGAGAUAACUCUGGACACUGGCAGUUUCCAGGCACUUGGGCUAGUGGGCCUUCAGGAGUCAGUGAGGUACAUUGCAGUUCUGAAGAAGACGACCCUCACCCUCCACCACCUCUCCAGUGGGCACCUGAAGUGGGUGGAGCAUCUGCCAGAAAGUGACAGCAUCCUCUACCAGAUGGUGUAUUCCUACGGCUCCGGGGUGGUGUGGGCCCUUGGCAUCGUUCCCUUCAGCCACGUGAACAUCGUCAAGUUUAACGUGGAGGAUGGAGAGAUUGUUCAGCAGGUCAGGGUUUGGACUCCAUGGCUGCAGCACCUCACUGGGGCCUGUGGUGUGGUAGAUGAGGCUGUCCUGGUAUGCCCCGACCCCAGCUCACACUCACUCCACACUUUGGCCCUGGAGACGGAGUGGGAACUGCGACAGAUCCCCCUGCAGUCUCCUGACUUAGAAUUUGGAAGUGGAUUCCAGCCCCAAGUGCUGCCCACACAACCCAGCCCAGUGGCUCCUUCUCGAGCCCAGUUCUUCCUGCAGUUGUCCCCAAGCCACUACGCUCUACUGCACUACCACCAUGGUGCCGUGACUCUGCUUAAGAACUUCCCCCAGGCCACGCUCGUCAGCUUCGCCACCACAGGGGAGAAGACAGUGGCUGCAGUCAUGACCUGUCGCACUGAAGUGCAAAAACCUGUCAGUGCUGGAGAUGGGUCUGUGGCAAGCUUUCCUGAGACAUCUGGUGCACAGGACUCUCUGGCUUGCUUCAACCAGACCUACACCAUUAACCUGUACUUAGUGGAGACAGGUCGGCGGCUCCUAGACACUUCCAUUUCCUUCAGCCUGGAGCAGAAGGGCACGCGACCUGAGCAGCUGUACAUCCAGGUGUUCUUGAAGAAGGACGACUCGGUGGGCUACCGGGCCUUGGUGCAGACACAGGACCAUCUGCAGCUGUUCCUGCAGCAGCUUGCUGGGAAGGUGGUGUUGUGGAGCCGAGAGGAGUCCCUGGCAGAAGUCGUGUGCCUGGAGAUGGUGGAUCUCCCCCUGACUGGAGCGCAGGCUGAGUUGGAAGGAGAAUUUGGCAAGAAGGCAGCGAUUCAAGAUGGCUUGCUGGGGAUGUUCCUGAAACGCCUGUCGUCCCAGCUCAUCCUGCUCCAGGCCUGGACUUCCCACCUCUGGAAAAUGUUCUACGAUGCUCGGAAGCCCCGAAGCCAGAUUAAGAAUGAGAUCAACAUCGACACACUGGCUAGAGAUGAGUUCAACCUGCAGAAAAUGAUGGUGACGGUAACAGCCUCAGGCAAGCUCUUUGGCAUCGAGAGCAGCUCUGGAACCAUUCUGUGGAAGCAGUAUCUGCCCAAUGUUAAGCCAGACUCCUCCUUUAAGCUGAUGGUGCAGAGGACUACUGCCCAUUUCCCCCAUCCACCCCAGUGCACGCUGCUGGUGAAGGACAAGGAGACAGGAAUGAGCUCUCUGUUUGUCUUCAACCCCAUUUUUGGCAAGUGGAGCCAGGUAGCUCCCCCAGUGCUGAAGCGCCCCAUCUUGCAGUCACUGCUUCUCCCAGUCAUGGAUCAAGACUAUGCCAAGGUGUUGCUGUUGGUGGAUGACGAAUACAAGGUCACAGCUUUCCCAGCUACGCGGAAUGUCUUGCGGCAGCUGCAUGAACUUGCCCCCUCCAUCUUCUUCUACUUGGUGGAUGCAGAGCAGGGGCGGCUCAGUGGGUAUCAGCUUCGAAAGGAUCUCACUACAGAACUGAGUUGGGAGCUGACCAUCCCCCCAGAAGUGCAGCGCGUCGUCAAGGUCAAGGGGAAGCGCAGCAGCGAGCACGUACACUCCCAGGGCCGGGUGAUGGGGGAUCGAAGUGUGCUCUACAAGAGUCUGAACCCCAACUUGCUGGCCGUGGUGACAGAGAGCACGGAUGUCCACCACGAGCGCACCUUUAUUGGCAUCUUCCUCAUUGAUGGUGUCACUGGCCGCAUCAUCCACUCCUCCGUGCAGAAGAAGGCCAGGGGCCCUGUCCACCUUGUGCAUUCAGAGAACUGGGUGGUGUACCAGUACUGGAAUUCUAAGGCUCGGCGCAAUGAGCUGACGGCCCUGGAGCUCUACGAGGGCACUGAACAGUACAAUGCCACUGCCUUCAGCUCUCUAGACCGACCCCAGCUGCCCCAGGUCCUCCAGCAGUCCUACAUCUUCCCCUCCUCCAUCAGUGCCAUGGAAGCUACCAUCACCGAGAGGGGCAUCACCAGCCGGCACUUGCUCAUUGGGCUGCCUUCUGGAGCAAUCCUUUCCCUCCCCAAGGCCUUGCUGGAUCCCCGGCGCCCAGAGAUCCCAACAGAGCAAAGCAGAGAAGAGAACCUGAUCCCAUAUUCUCCAGAUGUUCAGGUCCAUGCAGAGCGAUUCAUCAACUAUAACCAGACAGUCUCUCGAAUGCGAGGCAUCUAUACAGCGCCCUCAGGCCUGGAGUCCACUUGUUUGGUUGUGGCCUACGGUUUGGAUAUUUACCAAACUCGAGUUUACCCGUCCAAGCAGUUUGAUGUCCUGAAAGAUGACUACGACUAUGUGCUCAUCAGCAGUGUCCUUUUUGGCCUGGUUUUUGCCACCAUGAUCACAAAGAGGCUGGCACAGGUGAAACUCCUCAAUCGAGCCUGGCGGUAAAAUGGGAGCACCGUGCCAGAGUGGAGCCUCGGGAAGAGGGACAGCUAAGGAGAUGGCCGUGGACUGUUGGAUCCCUGAGGUUGGGCUGGGCUCUUGUCUCACUUACGUCUGGGAGAAGAAGGUGCACCUUCAUGGAGAAGUGCUUCGGGAACACGGUGACGAACAGUUCUUGUGGUCAGAUACCCACCUCAGCGUGGAGGAGCUCCGUGCAUCUGAUCCACUCCCUGUUCCCUUUAUGUGCUCAUUCGUGGAUGCUGUGAGCCUUUUGUUUUUGUUUUCUUUUUGUUUUUUUGUUUUUUUUCCUUUCAUGAGACCUCUGGUUUCUUUCUUCUGAGACUGUUUAAAUUGACCUUAGUUAACCUUCUGUAUUUCCAGUCUUACUAGAAAUAUUCUGACACCUUAUUCUCUUGUCUCUUGCUUUCAAGCUUGAUGGGCCAGCUCUGGCUUUAAGGUGUGUGUGGCUGCCUGACUGAUGGGGUGGAUGCAGGAGCCAUUCUUAGCCAAGGUCUGAGGACUUCUCUCUCUGAAGAGAAGUUGAAGGAUCCAUACAUGGAGUGAGAACUAAUUUUAACCAAGCUGUCAUUCCAUGCCACCAUUUAUAUGGCUGGGCCAUUUCUUUCAGCCUAUCAAAGCCAAGCACAUAACAGUAAUUUGGUUUUUCAUCCACAACCUGUGCUUUUUCUCCUGAGCUAUAGCAAGGCUAAAAUCUUUAAUACUUUUCUUUCUUUUUUCUUUUUUUUGUUUUUGUAGACAGGGUUUCUCUGUGUAACUCUGACUGUCCUAGAACUCUCUUUGUAGACCAGGUUGGUCUUGAACUCACAGAGAUCUUCCUGCCUCUGCCUCCCAAGUGCUGGGAUCUAAGGUGUGUGCCUUAGGGCUAAAGCCUUUUAAAACUAACAGUCUGAGCCUUGGUGAGAUCUUGAGGUCCAGUACAUCAAAUCUAUUGUCCCUAUAGGCCCCUAUAGACAUCCUGUAGCACAGCUGGAGGAAAGCAGCUUUGUUAAAACCUUUUUUUUUUUUUUUGGCUUUUCGAGACAGAGUUUCUCUGUAUAGCCCUGGCUGUCCUGGAACUCACUUUGUAGACCAGGCUGGCCUCGAACUCAGAAAUCCGCCUGCCUCUGUCUCCCAAGUGCUGGGAUUAAAAGGCAUGCAUCACCAUGCUUAGCUUUUUUUUUUUUUUUUAAAGACAGAGUUUUGCUCAGUUAGCCCAGGCUGGCCUCAAACUUGCAAUCCUCCUGCCUUAGCCUCCCAGUGUUGGGAUUGCUGGUGUUGGCCAUCAUGCUUGGUGGUGGGCAAGUUUUAAAUCUCAUUGGUAUAAUUUUCUGCGUGGCAUUAGGGGUAGAAUCCAAGGUCUCUCAUGCCAGGCCAGUUCUCUGCACUGAAGCUCUCCAUAAGGUGAGCCACGAGGGCUGUUGUUUUUCUUAGUUUUAAAAUCUUAAUAAUUUUUUUGAGGGGCUGCAAGGAGGAUGCUGUGCCUCAAACCCAGGGCCUCAUGUGUGUUAGGACACACUUUACUACUACUGAGCUAGAGCCUCAACACAUCUAAUCUUUUUACUUAUUUUAUUGAGACAGGAUCUCACCAUGUAACCAUGGCUGGGCUAGAACUAGCUAUGUAGUCUAGGGUUGGGCUUCUGUGUGUGGUGUGUAUGCACUACUGUUUGGGCUCCUUCUGUGGUGUGUGUAUGCACUCCUGUAUAGGCUUCUGUGUGGUGUGUGUGCAUUCCUGUCUGAGUUUCUGUGUGGGGUGUGUGUGUGUUUUCCUGUUUGGGCUUCUGUGUUAGGUGUGUGUACUCCUGUCUGGGCUUCUGUAUGCUGCACAGAAAGAAUCCCAAGUUUGACCUUGCUUAUGAACUUGGGGACUGCUUGUUCUUUUGAGCAGGGAAGUCAAAGAGUUGACCACGCUCCUGGAAUAAAGCUGAUGAUCGGUGGCUCAGCUUUGUUUUGUGUCUUCAGAGUUCACUUCAAGGCUGCUUUUGAUGGGGGGGUGGGGAAGAAAAGCCACACAUGGAGGCAUACCCCUAUAAUAGCAGCCACUUGUGGAGGCACACCCCUAUAAUAGCAGCGCGUGAGAGGUGGAGCAGGGAGAGUCAGAAGUUGAAGGUCAUCUUCAGCUACAUAUUCAGCCUAUGCUCUAAGAGACAGUGGUUAGAAGUACCUGUUGCUUUUUCAGCUCCGUCCCUAGUACCCACAUUGGGUGCCUCACAAGCACCUGUAUCCCCACCUCCAGGAGAUCUAGCAUCCUUGCCUGGCCUCGGGGUGUGCACAUAUGCACACACAUAGUAACUUAGAAAACAAACAGGAAAAAAUGGAGUUAUGUAGGGCAAAAUACCAACAUCUUCAUCAGUAAUAACCAGUUUCCUCUCCUGGGUUAGUGAGUAUCUGACACUUCCAGUGUCAGUCCCUGCCUGGACUGCUGGCUUCGUGGAAAGCCACCUGGGAGAAGGCAUUGGAACCCAUUACACUUUUCUGCUCUAGUUUUUGUUUUGUUAUAAGCUCUCACCUUGUGAAUCUGGGAGAUGUGCUUGGAUUAAAGGCAUAUAUCACUGUACCCCACCUGCUCUAGUCUUGAAAUAGAGCAGCUGGAAUUUUGUGCAAGAUAGAUAAGUAACUCUUACCACACUGCCCUGUUUGUUUGUCUUGGUUUUGGUUGCUUUAAGAUUUAUGAGUGUCUCCCCUGCAUCUGCGUGCAUGCCUGGUGCCCACGGAGGCCAGAAGAUGCUGGAUCCCUUGGAACUAGAUUUAGGGACAAUUGUGACCAUGUAGGUCCUGGGAACUGAACUGAGCCCUCUGGAGGAACUGAAUGAUGUGUCUCUUAUAGUGCCUGCUGUGUUUCUACAGUACAGUUAGUCUGCAAGACUGUUUUUUCACUUACCGGCCAGAAAAAGUGGCUAAUGGUCGGGAAGUGACCUACCUUUUCUAGAACUCCCGGUAUUUCACCUUUAACCUUUACCAUAUCACCAAAGCUGCUCAGAGCAGCUGACUGAAAUAGCCAAGGCCUGAGUGAAGUCUUAACUUGUCUCCUAAGUCUUUAUUUUCCUUUAUUAUUAUUAUUAUUAUUUAUAUAUUGUCUGUCUCUAUAGCUCUGACUUUCCUGGAACUCCCUGUAUAGACCAAGCUGGCCUUGCAUUCACAAAGCUCUGCCUGCCUCUGCCUUCUGAGCCUUGAGAUUAAAAAAGUGUGGGCCACCAUGCCUGGCUUCAUAUUAUUUUU